AUGGAUAUUGAUUAUGAUUUUCCUCAGCCUCCAAGAGCAGAUGGAUAUAUCCCUGCUUAUGGAUUCUACAUGCUAUACAGUGGUUCUGGGAGCUACAGACUAGGUCCUUGGCCUACAAAUCCUCCAAAAGGCACCAUCACAAGUACAGUGACCCCUGCAUCGAGGACAAGAGAUAGUGUUCAUGUAACCAAAACCUGCGACGGUCAACGCUAUCCCCAGGCCUGUACAAACAUUCGAUCGGCAGCAACCUGGUAUGGCUUGCGAACGCUUCCAUGUCCUGACCAGAUCGUUCGCUACAACCCGGGUCGAGAAGGACCGGAUAAAUGGUCUAGCUCGCACCAUGAUGGGUGGAAGUCCUGGAUCACUUCAAGCGUCUGGGCUCCCUAUGCCGGAAUGAUGAAGGAUAGCGAUUGUGAGGCAGAUGAGUGGCCACCCUUCAACAUUUGGGGGUCGCGAAACAAGGGCUCUGCUGGUAUCAUAAUUCGAUACCUCCCGGGAGGACAGAACGGAGGUUUGAACAUACCACAGCCCUAUCUUGACUGUUAUUUCGAGAGCUGCGCUAAUCAACCUCUAGGUGUUGCAAACGCUGCCGGAUCAAAGAUUAGAGUCGAGCAAGAUUCAAACGAUUGCUGGCCUCGAACGCUGGCUCCGGACGCUGAGCCUGGGUUUGCUCUGCUGGCAGACGACGGCUAUUAUUUUCGGAACGGCAUCCCCUUUAAUUUUCCAUUUCGCUACACCACGACUCCUGCCGCUUCUGUAACCGCUGGCAAGACCAAGCCCGUCAAGCGAUCUGUAGAACGAGCGUUAGAAGUAUUGAUGUUUGAUGAUGAAACUGCGCGAUAUGUGAUAGAUGAUGGCAACAGCACUCGCCCUGCGAAUUCGUCUGAGGUGGCUGAACAUCUUGGGAUCGAAGAAUGCGAAGAUCCCGAAUGCACUAAGGAGAAGGAACAUCUACGUCGUCAUGCAGCGAAGCAUCGCCGCAGGCUCAACUACAUCCGAGAGCAUCGGAAGGAGAUGCAGUCCAUGAUUGUAGCAGGCAUCAAUUCUCCAAUGGACUUCGAGACAGCAGGCAUCCCCGUUUCGGAGGUGUUGACACAUCAUGCAAAACCGACGUUAUACGCGACGACCAGUAUCGCUACCGCAAUGCCAAUGCGGCCUGGGAUAUCUGUACAGACACUUGUUCCACAGGAGACCGGCCUCUGA